CACAACACAACAGCCAGUCCUUAUUUGCUUUGCUCAAAGCAAGGGAUCAAAAAUCAAACACACUUUCUAUGGUGCGGCUGCCGACAAAGCUGCUGCGUCACCAUCUGCCGGCGGCAACAUUGCUGCUCUUACUUGUGGGGCUCAGCGUGGCGCUGCUCGAUGCUUGGCGACGCGUCGAUGAGCUGCAGCAGGAGCUGGCGCUUGCCAGUCGCUCUCCUCUCGCGGGAGCAGCAGGAACAGAGCAGGACGUUGCCGCGCUCCUCGAGCAAGACACAGAUGCAAGAAGGUCGGGCGUGGUCUUGGCCGACCAGAGUGCUGUCUGUGGUGUCACGGGGACCAAGCUCGCACAGCCGCAGCACCAUCUGGCUGUCGUCAUCCCAUUCCGGGAUCGCCACGACGAGCUGAUGGCCAUCAUUCCCGCACUAAGCCGGUUCCUCACGCGCCAGCAGGUCGGAUUUACAAUCUGGAUUGUCAACCAGGUCGACGGGCUGCGUUUCAACCGAGGAGCGCUCAUCAAUGUCGGGUUUUUGUACGCCACGGGCCGGCGAGUCUGGCCUGGGUUUCCACCCAUCCUUGGUGGUGGCAAGGACAAUCCUGCAGACGUAGGGAUUCCGCCAGGAGAAAAAGGCGGCGGUCGCACGGAGAGUCCCGCCCUCAAUCCAUUGUUUGCCGAGCCCGCAAGUGGCUGCCGCCCGAAAGUUGCGACAUACUUUGCAAUGCACGAUGUGGAUCUCAUCCCGUUGCACUCGCUGCUGCGCUACUUUUACCCGGGAUCCGACAAGCGCGCUUACCACGUGUCACCCCCGCACCUGCAUCCAAAGUACCAUUACAGGGAUUUCGUUGGCGGGAUUCUCAUCGCUUCCAACGGCCUGUUCAAUGCCAUCAACGGCAUGUCAAACAACUUUUGGGGCUGGGGCCGCGAAGAUGACGAGCUGUUCAAACGACUGCAAGAGGCCGAGGUUGUUAUUGCUGCGCCGGAUGUGAAAAUUGCCCCCGAGCAAGCCUUCCGACACAACCACGAUAACCGAAGAGUCCGGGAUCGAAACUACACGAGAGAGCAGGUAGAAAUGCUUCGCCAACGCGACUCUGUGAGCGGUUUGAACUCAGUCUUGUUUAACACGACUGCUGGGAGGCGAUUGUCGGUCGAUGGCUGGCCAGCAUUCGUCAUUGACGUCGAGUUGCAGUGCAACAUUGCGACCACGCCCUGGUGUCUCCAAAAAAGCAGUUAGUGUUUCGUUGACAGAAGCAGCA